AUGGUUCCUAAAAGCGACUCGGCCACAGCGGUGCCGCACGUGCGGCGGUGGUUGAGCCACCAUUGGCUCCCCUCGCCCGCCGCCGCCGCCCCUUCCCCAUGCCAAAGGCCCUCGCCGUCCCGCCAGCAUCCUAGCACUACCUCUACGACCCUCCCGUGUAGUAACAGCUGUUGCCGCGGCGCCGAAGCCACCACGCUAGAGGGGCGACGGGAGGUAACAGGGGGAGCGGAUGAUCGUAGUGCAAAGGCGGCAGCGGCGAACUCACAAUUAGCCUCACUCCACGCAUCCCCAACCCGGCCCUCCGUGCCCCUCCUGUUUAAUUCGCGACUCGGUUCUCCAUCCCUCGAAGCCGACGAACCACACGCUGCCACGUCACUUGCCAGCCCCGCUCUGCUUGUGCCGCCAAUGCCGCUGGCCAUAAGGGUCGAGGCGACGGGCGGCAUGACGUGCCAGGUCGCGGGGGAGGGCAACACAUCAGGGCGAUCGACGGCAAGCGCCGCCAGCGCCAGCUGCGCGGAGUGGAGCCCUCCGCGGGGCGCGCGCACCGCCAGAGAAGUCAGGGGGGGCAAUGCGAGGCGGCCGGCGGGGGCGGCCGCGGAAGGGAGGGGACGGAGCGGCGCGAGCAGCGAGGACGAGGCUCGUUCGGACGACGAGCGCCGCCUCUCGGAGAAUUCACCGGCGCACGCCGCCGACACGGCUGCGCCCGCUCCCUCGUUGCGCCAUGCGCACUCAUCCCCCUCACGCGUGGUGACCACGCCCGUCGCCGCACCGCCGCUGCCCCACGCGCACAGCGCCGCCAGUCCCCGCGUGAGUAGUAGCGAGUCCCGCUGGUGGAAGCACGAAGGGCCGUCGGGCGGAGGAUGGGGCCUCGGGCGCAGCUGGAGCAGCAGCGCUGUCGGCCAUCCGCGCGCCGAGGUGAAUGGCGGGGUGGGCGAUAACGCACCAAGUGGUGCCGGGAGCGGCGGCGGCGGCGACGGAAAGGUGUGGUGGUUGGGGUACCGGCGGGGCAUCAGCGCGGACUACGACAUCGGCGACCUGGUCGGGCGCGGGCGCACGGGGGAGGUGCGCCGAGCGACGGCGCGCAAGGGCGCGUGGAAAGGGCGGCGGGGGAAGGCAGGGGAGCGGGGGCCGCCGGUGGUGGUGAAGACGAUCUGCAAGGCGGAGGUGCGCGGCGCUGCGUGGGGUGGGAGCGCGGGGGAGACGUUUG